CUCGUGCAGUACGUCGUGCUUCGCAAGGAUCUGGGGCAAGGGCUGGGAUGGCCGCUCGGCAGCGUGUGCGCGCAGGCCGCGCACGCCGCGGUCGCGGCGGUGUGGACGUUCAAGGACCACGACGACACGCGCGCGUACUGCGCCCCCGGCGCCAUCGACGAGAUGCGCAAGGUGGUGCUGGAGGUGAAGGGCGAGGCGCAGUUGACGACGCUCGCGGGAAGGCUGACCGAGGCGGGCGUCGAUCACAAGCUGUGGAUGGAGCAGCCGGAGAAUUACCCGACGUGCCUGAGCACGCGGCCGUACCGGAAGUCGGAGAUCGCGCAUCUGUUUAAGAAGUGCAACCUCGCGAAG